GUGGACGGCCAUUACAGAAUCCUCUGCAAAAAUGAAUGCUCAAAUAUUGAACAUCUUUGUUAUAAUUUGCGUGGCUUCAACUCUUUUCAGCAGUCAGGCUGACUGUGCUGCUAUUGGGACAAUGGAGACUGUGCUUCAGAGAGUCCGACGAAUGACUCCUUUCUGGAGGUGGAUCACUUACAGGCCCCUUGGAUCCUCUUGCAGGAGCAAUGAGGAGUGUAGCUCAAAAUAUUGCAGAAAGAAGCGCUGUGCCUUGGCGGUCCAUGAAGACUGA